AUGAAUGGAAACGCCGUGGAAAUGGGCACCUUUAUGAGUGAAAAACCUCUGACAACUAAAUUUUAUCACUGUCCAGGGACUCAGCCCUCCCUGAUCUUGCCUCUGCGCAAUGGGAAACGGAGAUGGGACCCCAACGCAGACACUGAGUGGAAUGACAUCUUACGCAAAAAGGGCAUCUUGCCCCCAAAGGAAAAUCUGAAAGAAUUGGAAAAUGAAGCGGAAGAGGAGGAGCAGCGAGUCCUCCAGCAGUCAGUGGUGAAAACCUAUGAAGAUAUGAGUUUGGAAGAGCUGGAGGAUCAUGAAGACGAAUUUAAUGAGGAGGAUGAACGUGCAAUUGAAGUGUACAGACUGGCUGAAUGGAAGGCAACUAAAUUGAAGAAUAAAUUUGGAGAAGUUUUAGAGAUCUCAGGAAAGGAUUAUGUUCAAGAGGUUACCAAAGCCGGUGAGGGCUUGUGGGUGGUCUUGCACCUUUACAAACAAGGGAUUCCCCUCUGUGCUCUGAUAAAUCAACACCUCAGUGGACUUGCCAGGAAAUUUCCCGAUGUCAAAUUUAUCAAAGCCAUUUCCACAACCUGUAUACCCAACUAUCCUGAUAGGAAUCUGCCCACGAUCUUUGUUUACUUAGAAGGUGAUAUCAAGGCUCAGUUUAUCGGUCCUCUGGUGUUUGGCGGCAUGAAUCUGACAAGAGAUGAGUUGGAAUGGAAGCUGUCUGAGUCUGGAGCAAUUAAGACAGACCUGGAAGAAAACCCCAGGAAACCGAUUGAAGACACGUUGCUGUCAUCAGUGCGAGGCUCUGUCCCCAUGAGGAGGAGGGACAGUGAUUCAGAGGGUGACUAAGGCUGAAGCUGCCAUAACUUACUGGACUUUCUUGAUAUGAUGGAUUGUCUGGAUUUUUUUUAAAAAGGAAAAAGAAAGGAAUGAAGCCUUUUGGUUUUUAGCCUUUUAUAAUUAUGUUUCGAAUCAUAUACAUUUUAGAAAUAAUAAUUGCUGGGAAUUCUUUUAAAUUUCUUGGAAGUCUCUUUUUAAAUUAUAGCAUUUCCUUUUAAAAAAAUUAUAACCAGCUAUUGCUAUGACAAAUGUCUUAUGUUUUCGUCAUUUAUAUUUACAGUAAACCCUAAACCCUUGUCACUAUUUUUUGACAUAUAAGUAUAUUAAAAAGAAUUUGAAGUUUUAAAUAAUGUAAAUAAAUUAUACAGUGAAAAACUGCAAACUAA